GUCUGCGCCUGCUCUCGCUGAUAGCACGCGUUGCUCUCAUUUUUUCGCGCUGUUUUUGCCGCAGCGGCUGCAAGUUAGGAGUUUUGUUUUUGAGUACCGUAGCAGAAGUCUUCAUGAUGUCGUUGUUCCCGAUUGUAUUAUCGUCACGGGUAGUUCUGCAGACUGCUAUGUUAGUAAUGAUGAAUACUAGGUACCUCGAGCCUGAACCGACUGCAUUCACCCCCGCUCCUCCACUGUCAAGCACGGAGACCAUCCAGGGAGACUCCACACGUUGUUACGGCAUAUAUGGUUGCUUCAGUACGGAUAGCCCAUGGACAUCUGAGACCCGACCAAUCAGCUUGCCUCCAGAAUCUCCAGAGAAAAUAAAUCCCUAUUUUUGCUUAUACACACGAAGGAAUCGACAAGAGUGCCAACGUUUGGAACUAAUGAGAUGGAAUGCUUCCUAUUUAAACCCCAGGCAAAAUGUAGUGCUUAUCAGUCAUGGAUAUUUGGAAAAUGGACAGAAACCGUGGCUUAUGAAUAUGACCAGGGCCCUUCUUGACCAUUCUGAUAUGAAUGUUAUUGUUAUUGGAUGGGGUGGAGGCUCUAAACCACCGUACUCCCAAGCAGUUGCAAAUAUUAGAGUUGUGGGUGCAAUGGCUGGUCAUCUUGUUGCACAUAUGGUGAAUAAUGUUGGAGUUGAUGUGAAAAAGUGCCAUGUCAUUGGGCACAGUUUAGGUUCUCAUGUAGCGUCAUACAUUGGACAUACUCUACAAACAAAAUUUAGAAUGAAGCUUGGUCGCAUAACAGGACUGGAUCCUGCAGAACCGCAUUUUACAAAAACUGACCCCAUUGUGCGCCUGGACCCAUCUGAUGCUGAUUAUGUAGAUGUUGUACAUACUGAUGCAGCACCGUUCAUGAGCGGCGGCCUUGGACUGAAAGAACCUGUUGGUCACGUGGACUUUUACCCAAAUGGAGGCAUUCGUCAGCCUGGCUGUACUGAUGGAGUCUUUGGGCAUAUAGGAAGACAGAAAGGAAGUUUGUCCAAAGGUCUGCGCAGUUUUGUCAGCUGCAACCACCUUAGAAGCCAUGAAUAUUAUAUGGAAUCAAUAAAUACAAAAUAUCCUUUCAUGGCUAUAGAAUGCAAGUCUUGGGAAGAUUUUCUUAAUGGUUCUUGCUUUUCUUGUGGAAAGCACUAUGAUAUAAAAAAUGGUUAUAAGAAUGGAGAAUCAUACUGUACAAGAUUUGGUUACAAUUCGCAACCACAUAUGGUGACAAAUUCAAAAAACAGAAUUCUACAAAGGAGAAGUGUUAAAACAUACCUAAUUACAGGAUCUGAAACACCAUUUUGUCGUGAACAUUUUAGAGUAUUAAUAAACGUUUCAACUUCACCUGCAAGUGUGAAACAUGGGAGUGAAAUUGGACACUUCUGGAUUGUUCUAAAAAGAGGAGAAUCUGUUGAAAGAAUCCAAGUGAAUACAAGGGCUAUACUGUUUGAACCAGGUACACAACACAAGUUCAUAGUAUCAACAAAGUGUUCAGAAUCUCUUGAAGGAGUUAGUAUUGAAUGGGUGUAUGAAACGUCAUUUUUAAACCCCCUUACAUGGAGAUUUGUCACACCCCCAAGAUUAUUCUUGCAGUCUGCUGUAGUUGAGAACCUGGAGCGGUCAAGCAGGCACACGUUAUGUCCACCUUAUGGUAGGGCAAUAUAUCCCAAAGAAGUAAUGGAAAUGAGGAGGAAUUUGGACUGUAAACAAGAGUGACUUCCAUAAACCAUUUAACUAAAUUAUUACUUGGCAGUUCCUAAUAUUCAGUACCAACAGGUACUGGAGAUGCUGUCAGUGAAUCUGUGAUAGUGUGUUGUUACACGAGGACAGUGUGAAACAUUGUUCUCUCUCUCUCAUAAUGUACCAAAGAAUUGAGUGUGAGUUAAUUUUUUGCAAGUGUUAAAUAUUUGCAAAAGGACUGAAAACAGAAUGUUUGAUCUGCUUAGCAGGAGUGGGUGUAAUUAGCAUAGACUAAGUGAAGAAACAUUGAGGUGUUCAAUUCUAA